UCCCCUCCCCUUUCGCAGGAAUGAAAACAAAGCUGAGUUCAUCGUCUGCUGGCGGUCUCUCGUCUCAUCGCUUAUCAGUGGCCACUUCGGCUUUGCAAAUUUACCGCGAAGUAGUUAUUUCUACCCAAAGCCUCGGUAAAAAACUAGCCAUGUAUACGACACCGAAAUUCAAUAUUGCCAUUGCUUUGGUUAUGUUCCUCGCUCUAUUCUCAAAGUCGGUAUUGUCUUCAGCAGACGACAACGAAGUCGAAGUCGCCGUGGCGAACAACCGACCGAUCGUGGGAAUCCUCUCCCAAGAAAUUCAAAACACAAGUACCGUGCAGAAACAAUACAAGAGCUUCAUAUCUGCUUCGUACGUCAAGUUCCUGGAAGGAGCAGGUGCUCGAGUAGUUCCGAUUUGGAUUAACCGGACAAGGCCUUACUAUGAGUACAUAACAAGCCACAUAAACGGAGUUCUGUUUCCAGGAGGAAGCUCAGACUUCAAUGCUAAAAAUGGUUAUGCAGAUGCAGGAGCUAUAAUUUACGACAUAGCUAAAAAAUUGAAUGCCAAAGGAGAUUACUUUCCGUUGUGGGGAACAUGUCUGGGUUUAGAACUUCUAGCAUACUUGGGAGCAAACAAAACAAACCCGUUGACACUUUGCCAAUCCGGAAAUGUGAACUUAAAUUUGGACCUUCUUUCUGGCUACAAUAGAAGUAAACUAUUUGGGUCUGCUUCUAAAGAAAUAAUUAAUAUCUUAUCAAAUGAAAAAGUUUUAAUUAACUUUCACCGCUACUGCUUGACCCAAGAGAAUGUGACACAGUUCAUGGGUGACAUUAAUUGGAGAAUAAUGAGUACAAAUAAAGAUUCCAACGGUCUAAAGUUUGUGUCGACAAUAGAGUCUAGGAACUUCCCAGCCUAUGGCGUACAAUUCCAUCCAGAGAAGAGCAUCUUUGAAUGGAAUCCUGUCCAAAAGACAGCACAUAGUUCUAAUGCUGUGAAGGCAGCUCAGUAUUUUGCAAACUUUUUUGUAAACGAAGCUCGCAAAAGUACACAUGCAUUCCCGUCCAUAGCAGAAGAAACAAAAGCCCUGAUCUACAAUUUUUCACCUCAGUACAAAGGCAGAGAGAAGAAUUACUUUAAUGAGCAAAUGUACUACUUUGAAUGGUAAUUCACAAUUCAGAAAUGAAUUAAUUAGUUGAUGUAUGAAAUUUAUUUUCUGUUCCCAGUGAAACCUGUGAUACCUUUUAAAUAUUUUUCAUUUGAGUGCUGAUUUUUAUACAAAUCGUUGCACAGACUGAAUAAAAUUGUAUGAGUUUUACACGCUUCAAA